CUUCCUUCCAUUUCAAAUGGUGAAAUGGCCAACUAUUUGAAAACUAUGGUGGCUCCCCAGAUUCCCCAAGAGCUACGCGAUGCAUUUGUUUUUGCAAUUAAAAAAGGAAACAUACGAACAACGCCUAAUAGAAGCAUGCCUGCUGCUUCUUAUCCCAUUCCAGGUGCUCUUCUCUUAGGGGAUGCAUUUAAUAUGAGACAUCCUUUAACUGGAGGAGGAAUGACUGUUGCACUAUCUGAUAUAGUUGUAUUAAGGAAUCUUUUAAGACCUUUGAAUGAUCUAAGCGAUGCAUAUUCCCUUUGCAAGUAUCUUGAAUCUUUCUAUACACUACGUAAGGUUGCAUCAGGAAUCAUUUUCCCCAUCAUAAAGGCAGAAAGUGUUCGACAAAUGUUCUUCCCAACAACAUUAACACGUUUUAGAUCUCAAGUUGUUUGACAACAAGAAAAUCAAAGAAUUAACAAUCCAUCUUUUAUUUCAGAUAAGCUGAUGAUUUUGUGUAUGAUUGAACAAUAUAAAUUUUAUGUUAGAUUUGUAACGGUUAUUCUUUUAGUGGGAACAAAAUUUUCCACGUGUAAUUAAGCCCACAUUUUUGUAAUUUAAUGAAUUAUUUAUUCUUUC